AUGUUUCCUUUCAAAACUCAGGAAGCAAAUAAAAUGAAUAAUCGAUAUAAAAUUAUUCAAGCUGUUCAUCACAUUUAUAACCAGAAACAUAAUAAAAUAAAAACUCUUACAUUCAACAUGGAGAUUAAUUGUAUUACGUAGAAAAAAAUAAUAAUUUUAAAGGUCGGAAAAAUAAAUGGUAGCAAACCCAUUGGUAUUUGGAGGAUUCAAAUUUAUUAAUACUGUAAUAAUAAAUGUUUAGUCUAAACAAUAUUUCUUAAAUUCCAAAAGGAAGGAAAAGUAAUAAUGAUAGAACAAGGAUAAGUCAAAUAAAUUUCAAAUAAUUUGAUAGCAGAUUUGAGAAAAAUAUUAUUUGGCUUAAGGGAUCCACAAGCGGCAUAAGUAAGCUAAGGGCAACUUGAAACUAUCGCUUUUAUGAAAUUUAAAGAUAGGGUGUUUGAAUGGUAUUAUUUAUAAUAAAUUUCUACAAAGCUAAAUAUAAAAUAGUGAAGAAUUUAAUAGUUAUUUACUUUCAUACAAAAAAUUGGUUUUAAAUGACUUUUAUUUUCCAAAGUAAAUUUAGUUUAGUAUUGUAGCAUGUAUCCUGAUCAAAUUCCAUAUUUUAAAUAACUCAGAAAAAAUCAGGAGUAAAAUUAUAUAUUUGAUUAAAGUGGAAGUUAAGUUAUUUGUUUUGGGUAAUAUUACCAAGGAAAAAAAAAUGGGGAUUUCUUUAUUAAGUUUAGAGAUGAAUCUGACUCGGACUUUAAAAUAAUGUAUAGAUUCCCAUAAAUGAAUUAGCGGAGGGGGAUUUUAUAACGCCAAUGGAUAAAAACAUGGAAAAUGGAUAAAAAUAUCAAAAAAUUUUUGCAAGUUUAUUAACCUUUAAAUUUCGAUAGAUCAAACUAGGUUGUUCUUGAGGGAGAAUUUAAUAACGGGAUUAAAUGUCACUAAUUUGAUAUUAAGUUAAGAAAAACGUCCAGUUAAAUGUGGAAAAAAAUGUAGAUAUUUUGAUAUAAUCUCUUGUAGUGGUGGUGGAUCAUAUGAUGAAUAAGGGAGGCAAGUAGGCGCUUGGGUUGAGCAAUAUGAUUAGAUGAGGUAAAUAUUCUGAUAUUGAUAUUAUAAAGUUUUUCUGAAUUCCAGUGGAAUAUAUUAUAUAAAAACUGCAAAUAAGUUUAGGAUUUAGAUAUUUACUUUUUGGAAUCUAAUGGAUAUUUUAAAUAGAUGUAAGAAAAAUAUAUUUUAAUAAGCUAUAACUACAUAUAUGAUGAUUACUAAUUUUCAGAAAAUAAGUGGAUAAAUCAGAAGCUAGAACUCAUUUUGUAAAUAUCGUGAUUAAAAAAGGAAACAACAAAUAUUGUUUUCUGGUUAGUAUGAUUUAGGAAAAAGAAUAGGGGAAUGGAAAAUUAUCUCAUAAAACUCAGUGCUGUAAUUUUUAUUAAAUUAUCCAUUUAGAGGAGGAGGGUCAUACGAUUCCAACGGAUUGAAAAAUGGAAAAUGGACUGAAUUAAAGGAUAUUCUAUAAGGGUAAAUUAAUUUUAUGCUAUAUAAGAGGUGUUAUGAUAUUGGAAAUAGGGGAAUAUCAAAACGGUAUAAAAAUAGGAUUAUGGUUUGUUAAAUGGGUGGAAAUUUUAACAAAAAAUAAUAAAAUUAUGUAUUUUUUUGAAUCAGUCUAGUGGGAGCGGUAAUUAUGAUAAUGUGGGAAUUAAAUAGGGGAUUUGGUAAGAUUUAAUUGAAGACUUUUGUGAGUAAUAAUUAUUAAUUUAAUCUUUAGAUAGAAUUAAUUGAUUUAUAAAGGGACAUAUAAAGAUGGAAUAAGGAUUGGUGAAUGGGUAAUAUAAAGCUCAAAAGAUUUCCCUAAUUUUUGUAGCAUUUCAUAAUCGAGAAUAAAGGUUAGAGGAUAAGGCUAAUACGACCAAAAAGGGAGAAAAAUUGGUUUAUGGAAUGAACCAUGCAAAAAUUAUCAAUAGUUGUUAUUUUAUUUAUGAUAGGAAUUGUGAUAUUUUUUAGAGCGGAAAAUAUGAAAAGGGAAAGAAAUUUGGAUUUUGGAAAAUUAUAUUUAAAAAAAAGUUAAUUCUUCGACUAAACAAAGAAGAUAAAAUUGAAGAAAUGUAUAGUUUAAUAGAAUAUUAGUGGAGGAGGAAACUAUGAUAAUAAUGGAGACAAAAUUGAAGAUUGGAAGGAGCUAUCUGAGAAUUUUGCAGAGUAUAAUUAUAUUAAAUUUGAGAGAUUCUCAAAUUAUCCUUGAAGGUAGUUAUAAAAAUAUGAAAAAAACUGGAAAAUGGAUUGCAAAAUAUAGAUACAGUGAAAGUAAGGGCUUCGAAAUCAUGUAAGAUUGACUGUUGAUAUCAAUUAGAGGAGGGGGAGACUAUGACUAACAUGGUUUGAAAUCUGGGGUAUGGAAAGAAUUAUAUGACAGUUUUUCAGAGUAACCUUAAAAUUUCAUUAAUAGUUCCUGUCAAGUUAGAGAAAUAGUUUAAUAUCAGAAUGGGAAAAAAGUUGGAAGAACUGUUAUUGAAUAUCGCAAAAUUCAUGGUUCUUAAUUUGUUUAAAUGUUAAUUAAUAUUUAUUAUUGGCAUUAGAGGAGAAGGGUAUUAUAAUGCAUAAGGAAAAAAAGAUGGGAAUUGGAAUGAGUUACACGAGAAAUUUAGAGAGUAUUUUUUAUAAUAACAUAAGCUUUUGCCAAGUUACAAAAAAAGGGCAAUACUAAAAUGGAUUAAAAUAGGGUGAUUGGGCUAUUAAUUUUCGUGAAUUCACUGAUCAAGAAUUCAUUAGAAUGUAAAGUUUAAUAUUAAGCAUAGUGGAGGUGGUUUUUAUGAAAAAGGGGUUAAAAAUGGAUAGUGGAUAGACAUUGAUCAAAAAUUUUGUAGGUAACUAUAAGAAUUACUUCAGAUCUCGCUAAAUAAUAUAGAAAAUAGAUUAUCAUGUUGGUUAUAAGGUUGGAAAAUCUGAAAUUUUAUUUAGAGCUCAUAAAACGAAUGAAUUCUCAGUUAUGUAAAAAGUUUGUUGAUUUUAUAGCGGAAAGGGAUUAUAUGAUACUUGCGGAAAUAAAAAUGGAGAAUGGCUGGAGCCUCAUGAAAAUUUUUGGGAGUAAAAUAGAAAUUAAAAAUGGCAGAUUCUUUCAAUUAUAUUAGUUAGGACAGUAUAAAUCAGGAGUUAAGCAAGGGUCAUGGCAGAUAUCGAAGGAUAUGUAAUUUUAACAAGGAGAUAUUAUGUAAUAUUUUAAUCAAAUAUUGAAGCGCUAGUGGUACAUAUGAUGUUUAUGGAAAUAAAGAUAAAAAAUGGAGCGAUUUAAGUUGGAAUUGCCUGCUAUCUAGCUUCACCUUAUCUGAAGGAGAAUAUUCAUCAGGUAAGAGAAAGGGAGAGUGGGUAUUGAAAUUGCAAGUUUAUGAUGAAACUUAAUUGAUGUAUAUCUAUAUGUUGAUGUAGUGGUUCUUGCAUUUAUGAUGAUAAUGAUUUAAAAGAUGGUCUUUGUGUUGAUUUAGAUCAAAGCUUUUUCUUGUAAAUCAAUUUAUAAUUUUAGCAAUAAAUGUGCAUAUUAUUCGACAUAUAUACAUGGAAGAAAAACUGAUGAGUCUAGAGAAUUUUCCGUAAGAUGA